CACUCGCAGACAGGCUGGGUGAAUCUUAAUUGUGUAACGCUCAUUGACGAGUCAGCACAAUGCUUCUGAGACCGCGGAGGCGCACCGAGCCGAGCAGAGCGAUGUAAUGCUCCCAUCGAGGAGGACACAGAUGGACAGCCUAGUUCAGCCGCUCGUCGCCCAGUACCUCGCCAUGGGAUGUCAGUCAAAAGAAAACCAAAACGAAAGUAUAGCAUCGGAAGAAAAGGGCAGAGACGAAGCGAGAGUGACUCAAGGAUGCACCUCCAGGUCUAGAGUUUCUCCUCCAGGCCGGCCUCACAGGUUCCACAAACCCAGCCCGGCCCAUACCGCCCCGAGUAAAUCAGCAAUGCCUCUGGGACACCUCACCAAGGGCGCAAGCUGGGAGGAGCUCAUCCAGGCCUGCCUGCAGUCCUUUGACGCAAACGGUUGCGUUAACGGGAACGGCCACUUGCUGAACAUCACCCUGACCAUGCACCGUCAGCUCAUCUCCUCCGGUGAUCUGCUGGACAAACUUGUCUCUUUAUUUAAAACAGCAGUAGAGAGUGAGCAGCAAGCAGAGUGCCAGAGGAUAUGCUACCUCAUCAGGCAUUGGAUCCAGGAAUUCUGGAUGAUGUUCCGGUUGCACCACAGCUUGUCAGACAGCCUGGAUGAGUUUCGGGAUCUGAUCCGAGAGCACGGACAGGAGCGACUUUGCUCUCUCCUAGAGACCAAAUGGAUAACUGAACGUGACUGGUCCUGGAAAGCCAGCCAGAAGAUUAAAGCUAACUGCAGUAAAAAGAGGAAGGUUUCUCUCCUUUUUGACCACCUGGAGCCCAUUGAGUUGGCUGAGCAUCUCACCUACCUUGAAUUUAAAUCCUUUUGCAGAAUAUCAUUUGUAGACUAUCAGAAUUACAUCCGCAGCUGCUGCAUGAAGGACAUCCCCGUGAUGGAGCGUUCCAUCGCUCUGUGUAAUGGUGUCUCCCAGUGGGUUCAGCUGAUGGUGCUGAGCCGGCCAACCGCUCAGCUGAGAGCUGAGGUUUUCACUAAGUUUAUCCACGUUGCACAGAGUCUACACCUUAUGCACAACUACAACACACUAAUGGCAGUGGUGGGAGGGCUAUGUCACAGCUCAAUUUCCAGACUGAAAGACACCACGUCACAUGUACCGAGUGAAGUCACUAAGGUACUAAACGAGAUGACAGACCUGCUGUCCUCCUGCAGAAAUUAUGACAACUACAGACAAGCUUACAACAAAUGUACAGGUUUUAAAAUCCCCAUCCUGGGUGUCCACCUCAAAGACCUGAUUUCAGUCAACGAGGCCAUGUCGGAUUACGUUGAGGACAACAAGGUGAAUGUCCAGAAGCUCCAGGCUCUCUACAACCAUAUUAACGAGCUGAUCCAGCUCCAGCAGAUCCCACCCAGACUGGAUGCUAACAAGGACCUCGUUCACCUGUUGACGCUAUCCUUGGAUCUUUACUACACUGAGGAUGAGAUUUAUGAACUGUCUUAUGCACGAGAACCCAAGAACUGCAAAGCACCUCCAGCCACUCCUUCUAGACCUCCUGUGUUUGUGGACUGGGCAUCAGGAGUGGCUCCUAAACCUGAUCCUCGAACCAUCAGCAAACACGUGCAGAGAAUGGUCGACUCCGUGUUUAAGAACUACGAUCACGAUGAGAACGGCUUCAUCUCUCAGGAGGACUUUGAGAAAAUUGCUGCUAGCUUUCCUUUUUCCUUCUGUGUCAUGGACAAAGAGAAGGAAGGCCAAGUGAGCAGAGAGGAGAUCACAGCUUAUUUCAUGCGGGCCAGCGUCAUCUGCUCCAAACUGGGCCUCGGCUUCGUCCACAACUUCCAGGAGACCACAUACAUGAAGCCCACCUUCUGUGACAACUGCUCAGGAUUUUUGUGGGGCGUCAUCAAGCAAGGCUACAGAUGCAAAGACUGCGGGAUGAACUGCCACAAGCUGUGCAAGGACCAGGUGGCGUUUGAGUGCAAGAAGAACCCCAAAGUGACCAACGCCAAUGACAGUCCAACACCGAGCUCCACGCCGGUCGCCACAGGCACUUCAGAGGGUUCAGAAGAAUGUCCUUUCCCCUACCCGCCAGACGACAGGAAAGACUGGAGCCCAGACUCUCCAGUCACUUCCAGUUCGAGGCCUCGGAGAGUCCAUAGCUACACCCAGACAGAUGGACCCGAAGUAUUCCCCACUGCAGCUGAGGCCAGCCGCCUUCACCCUUCUCUCCAAGUUCCAGCAACACCCAACGUCACCUCAUGUCCCAGCCCGGUGCCCCAGAGGAAACAGCGACACUGUGCCAAGUGGGAAAACAGAGCGUCUGUUGUGCAAAAGCCUAAAGAGCCAGAGGAGGAGAGCAAACCUACCUAUGAAUGUCUGGAACUGGAGAACCAGAGGCUGCAUAAAGCUAAUGAGACACUACGUAAGAAACUAAAAGAGGCUGAGCGGGAGGUGGAGAUACUAAAGACACUCCUGAAGAGGCACGCUCUCCACCCAGUGGAGGAGGACUCCUCCUCUUAGACUCAUAUGUACACUGAAGCUUCACCAGGGGGGACUGGUGCUGCGUCCAUGUGGCACCAGGUAUAAAUCCUAAUUUAUUGAUCAUGAACAGUGCAAGUAUUUUAUCAGUAUAAUGAGAUGAGAAUAACAUGAUGUAAAGUGGAAUACAUUGCACUAAGUUGUUUUAAUUAAGAAAUCAGUGUGUCAUCAAUAAUAAGGUCAAGGAAAUCUGUUCAGGUGGGUGUGGCUAAAAGCAGCUAACAACUUUGUUAAAAAACAAUACACAUUUAUCUAAAUUACUUUAUAGUGGGAAGAUAGUAUUUUUUUUUUUUUUUAAUCGAAUGAGGAUGAGGCCGUUUAAUGUUUUCAGCAGCUCAUUAGCUUGAGCAUUGCUUACUUUAUUUAGCCAAUCCUUUAAAAAAAAGGACUUGCAUUUAAAAGUAUGCAAACAGAAGACAUCAUUUGAAUGAAGGAAUGCAGUAUUUUUAGAGUGGAAAAAAAAAGUGCAGAAUGUGUUUGAUCAAUUCUUGAUCAGUUAAUGAGCUUAGCUAUUUAUGUUAAACAUAAAAUGGAAAUCCAGGGCUGCGGUAUAAUGUAAGCAGCAAAAAGAGUCUUUGAAAGGUGUGUGGUAGGCAGGUUGUUGUCGUUACCGGCAAUGACAGGAGCCCACUGAACUUAUAGCAGCAGAAUGAAAGUUGUACAGACAUGCUUUCUAUCAUUGUCCCUGCUUAAUGCACAACAUGCUUCUGUCAAUAUUUAUUGUGUGAAACACUACACAGUUCAUAUGAACAGCGAGAUAUUUGAACAUUUUGUACAGUAUGGUGGUACUUUCACCGAGUUAUUUAUGCUUAUGUUGGCUUCAUAUGAUACUAAAAAAAAUGUAUCGUGCAGCCAUGCUAUUUUGAUGUAUCGUGGCCCAUUGUAGGAGUGUAGUACUGUGAGUUAUGUGUUUGUAAUGUGUGUAAUGUACUGUAAAUAUAAAGUAUACACAGUGCCAUCGUACUCAUGUCAAGGUUCAUUCCCUUUCUCAGUAUUGUUCUCUU